AAAUUCUGAUAACAUGCUAACUAGGAUAGCAUUCUUGAUAUUGUUGGCGAUGCAGUACUGUGAAGAUUUUUCUUACAUUUUUGCGGGGUGUUCCAACCCGAGCCACAUAACUACAUAGAGCAUAGCCGGGAUGACUAGUGGGAAUGAAAACUGAUCUGUCCUUGACAAAAGCCAAACAUUAAUAACUAAACAAUAAGUAUUAAGAGUGAUAGAGGUGGUAGCCCAGUGGAGUAGUAACGUUUUAGUAGUAAUUUAGUAGUUGUGUCUUGUUAUGAAAAUUCAGAAGAACAACCCCAGCAAAAGCACGUUGAAUCAACGUCAAGUCAACGAUGAAUUUACGUCACCAGGAAACCGACGACUACGAUUCAACGUGUCGAGAAAAGAACAACUAUCUGGAAACGAUGACGAGAGCUAACUUCAAAUAUGUGAUCCAUUCGAGGAACGUCUCGCGACCACUGUUUUGCAACUUAUCCGUUAACAAAUGUUUACUGCCUGUAGUAUCUAUCCUCUGUCAUUUCCCCCCCCGACACGAGUUUUGUGAUGGGGACUGAUACAAAUCUGCAAGAGACUGCAAGAGUCUCUAACAUACCAACAACCGAAAAUGUUGACGAUGACAUUAAAGUUGACAUUGAAAAUGAACCAACGUCCAUAUUUGGUCGGGCCAAGUAUGCUCUGUUUGACCUACUGCUUCCACAAUUUAACAAACAGUCUUUAUUUAUCUUUGGAAGCGAAAAAGCCUUUAAGAAGGAAUGUGAUCGUCAAAGGCAAAUUGGUAAAUGGAUAAUACACCCCCUAAGUCCAGUAAGGCACAAUUACGUCAUGUUCAUGGUCGCUAUGACUUUCUUGAACCUUAUCUCAAUUCCAGUGGAAAUUGCCUAUUCUGACAAUGCGCAUGGUGUGGCUCGGACAAUUUGGAAAAUGUUCAAUGCGAUAUCAGACACAUUGUUUAUGGUGGAUGUUGUCCUGAACUUUAGAAUGGGUAUACUCACAGAUGGCAGUCAGGUUGCUAUCCUUGAUACGAAGGUUAUUGCCAUAGAUUAUUUGAAAACUUGGUUUGUUCCAGAUGCACUGGCUUCAUUUCCUGUUGACUUCGCCAUUGCCAUUGCAGACAACCUGUACAACAACGACACAACUUCAUUGCAAGGUGCCAAAAUUAUGCGGAUUCUUAUGUUUGCUAGAAUUCUUAGUCUGAUUCGUCUCCUACGUGUGUCCCGGCUAGUGAGAUUCUUCAGUGAGUUUGAACAGAUGACAAAUGCCAAUCUGGAGGGCCUCCGUAUGUUCUUCAGAAUCCUUAGUUUAUUCAUGAUGAUGUUUAUCCUGUGUCACUGGAAUGGUUGCAUUCAGUACUUUGUGCCUUUGCUGGGAGACUUCCCAUCAGAGUGCUGGGUUAGGAGAGAGAAUCUCAUGAAUGCCACGACAGGGGAGAAGUACACUUUUGGAAUCUUUCGAGCUCUUUCUCACAUGAUUGGGAUAUCGUAUGGCGCCGAAGGCCCUCCGACUGAUGAGGUGGAGCUGUGGAUUGUUAUGACCAGCAUGGUAUCUGGAGCACUGAUGUACACCGUCAUGGUUGCCAAUGCUGCAGCCAUGAUGACUAAUGUGGAUGCACCCUCCAAACUCUAUAAAAACAAGCUGAAUCAUCUGGAGGACUACAUGUGCUUCAGAAAACUACCCAAACCACUACGUGCACGCAUCAAUGACUACUAUCAAGCACGCUAUGGCGGGAAGUGGUUCGAUGAGAAGGAAAUUCUCAGUUUGCUCUCCAAAUCUUUGAAAGAGGAAAUUCUGAAUGUCUUGUGCGCCAGCAUGCUGGAGAGCACGCCAAUGUUCAAGGACCGUGACCCCAGCUUCAUCAACGCCAUCCUGCUUCACUUGCGCUAUGAGGUAUUCCUGGAGGGAGACGUCAUUGUGCGACAGUUUGCUCCGGGCGAUCGCAUGUUCUUCAUCGAGCACGGUCAGGUCCUUGUGGCCACGGACUCCUUCAGGAAAGAGCUGUGCGAUGGAGACUACUUUGGUGAGGUCUGCCUAUUGACCAAAGGAAAGCGUGUCGCCUCGGUGACUGCCCUGUCCACUUGCCACCUCUUCUCCCUGUCUGUGGACAAUUUCAACGUAGUCCUGACCUGUUUCCCGGAUGUCCGCAAGGCCAUCAUGUGCACUGCCUUAGAGAGACAGAAGGACCUUCUGGAUGCUAAGAUUGGUGCCCAGGGUGCCCAGACACAGAACCCCACCACCUCAGGGUUAAACGACUACACUGAGAGUCUGGAGGAGGCUAGCGACGCAGACUAUGAUUUUGAACUUGAUGACAUAUUGGAUGGGACCAAAUAAAUAAAUAGAAGUUGACCUUAAAACUAGUUAAUUAAAAAAAAUGAAUUAACUCAUUUUAAUUGAUUCUGUUCAUUUGUUCUUGUGAAAGUUUUUGAACUGAUGAACUUCUGAAUGUUUAAACUUUACAGAUUUGUUUGAGUUAAUAAAAUGUUGUUGGGAUUUUGACCUAAAAAGAACACUAAAGAUCAUGAAAUGUCACAGACUCAUUUUUUCCAGUGUGCAAUUAUUUACAGAGCCUCAGGCCAUCAUUAC